AUGGCGGAGCGAGUCAGUUUGCUCUCAUCACUGCUGUUGUUGCGACUCCCCUUCUCGGCAUUAUUUGACGAGCUAUCCAUCCAUCUUCCCUUCCCAUUGCCCUUUUCGGAGCGUAUCGUGGAUCUGCGGCACGCUCCCUCCGCUUCCAUAUCCAUGUCGUCCACGUGCUGGCGCGGCACGCGGCACCUCAACCCUGCCCUUACCUUCGACACCGGACAUCCGUGGGGAGGUUGUGCUGCCCAGAUCGCGUCUAUUGCAACCUUCCUCGCCUCUGCCGUGCCUUGGAGCGCCCCUGUCUCGGCUGUUGUCGCUGCGGCUCUAGGCAGAAACAGGGCUCUCUUCAACCCUUCGGCUUUGACCACCAAUGUCACGCCGCCCCGGCCCGCUGGUGCCAGAGGCGAGACCGGCUUUAGCAGUCCCGGAAAAUCCGCUGCAAAGGGCCCCGUGCCAUGGGGCAUCCGCGCCUUCUGCGCCGUGGAUCAAGAAAUACCACCUGCUCGGAUAACCGCCUGGGUUACCCAACGCUGGGAGCAAUCUCUCCAGCAAUUGGCAACAGGGCAUCUCAGGAGGCCGCGAGGUGGAUCGGGGUAUCCGUUUGGUCUUCAUUCCCCCGACCAGGGAGAACAGGACCCGAUCCCGUAUGGACAAGCGAUCGACGAUGGGAAGUCGGUGUUUGCUAUUCUCCGCUCUACCAGGGCCUGGCUUGGGAAUUCACGGUUAUUGGCGUGGGCACAAGAUGACCAGCUUCUGCAGCUCGCUCCGAGGCACAAAGUCCAGCUGUUGUUGCACUUGCCGCCUCGUCUGGCCGGGAAGCUCCCUAUUCCUGGAGGGCUCGCCGUGAACAACUCUGAGAACGGCGUCCGUCGUGAUACGCCGGUUCCCACAUACUUCCGCCGUGACUGUGACCCGGCGCUCCCGACAAGGUCUGCACCUGCUUCUUCCGGGAUGGCGACGGAUUCGGCCGCGAUUUCGCCGCGCACCCCCGUGCUGUGCAACCUUCUGGGAUCCGCCGGUUAUUCGCCGAACGCAUGGCAGCGCAGGGCAGGGCAGCACAGCGCAUGCCAUGGGUUGGCCUCGCACAGCGCGACCAGCGAUACGGCUACCAGCAUCCCGGGGGCUGCUGCUGUGCGUCAGCACGACGAAAACCGGGAUAGGAACCUCAUGAACGGCCUGCACGGUAGCGCUGGCCGACGCGGAAGGCGGAAGGCGGAAGGCUCACUAUCCUCUCAGCUGAAAGUGCCUUCCGGUGCGUGCUAUUCGCUUCCCGGCUGA